AUGGCGACAAAACAAGCAACCCACCUCCCGACGCUCCUCCGCUCGCCGACCCACCCGAUCCUGCUCCGCACCAUGGAGCCCCGCGACGCCGCCGCCUUGUCGGCCGUGCUCUCGGACCCGGAGAACAACAAAUACGACCCGAACGCCUCGGCCAUCUCGCCCGAGGUCGCCGAGAAGGCCAUUGGCCGGAUGCGCGAGAGCGCGGCGGUGCCGACGGUCCUGGACGAGGCGAGCGGCCGGGUCGUUAGCGGGCCGGGGCGGGUGAACAUGGUGCUCGUGCAUGUCGAGGGCACGGAGAACACGAUGGGGGCUCGCGGGGAUGAGGGGACCGUCGUCGGGCUCGCGGGGUUCGGCGGCAUCAACGAGCACGAGGAGGUGGGCAAGGGCAAGGUGCGGGUCGGCGACGUGGGCGCCAUGGUCAACCCGGGGUUCCGGGGGCGCGGGUUCGCGACCGAAGCGAUCCGGCUGGCGGUCGACUGGGCGUUUACGGGCGUCGAGGACGGGGGCCCGCAGCUCGACCGGGUCACGGCGACGAUGAGCGAGGCGAACAGGCCGAUGGUUGCGCUCGUCGAGAAGAAGUUUGGGUGGACCGGGGUCGUGAAGCCGGGUAAGGAGGGGGAGGCUGGGGAGGUUCUCUUCGAGGUUGAGCCUGAGAACUGGAGGAAGUGA